AUGAUUGUGUACUUUGAGAGUUUUGCUCUUGAGCUCAGCUCCCCCAUGAACUCGGUGAGCAGCUCAGAGGACAUCAAGCCCUCCAGCAGCCCCCUCUACCUCACUAAACACAUUUGUGCCAUCUGCGGGGACCGCUCAUCAGGUAAACACUAUGGGGUGUACAGCUGUGAAGGCUGCAAGGGCUUCUUUAAGAGAACCGUGAGGAAGGACCUGAGCUACACCUGCAGGGACAAUAAGGUCUGUCUGAUUGACAAGCGCCAGAGAAACCGCUGCCAGUACUGCCGCUACCAGAAGUGUCUUGCCAUGAGGAUGAAGAGAAAAGCGGUGCAGGAGGAGAGGCAGCGGGGGAAGGACCGAGGUGUUAGCGAGGUGGACUUUGGCUGCAGCGCUAACGAGGACAUGCCCGUAGGGAAGAUCUUGGAGGCCGAGCUGGCUGUGGAGCCGAAGACUGAAACCUACAUCGAGGGCAACCUGGGGGUCCCUUCCAGCUCGCCUAAUGACCCCGUUACCAACAUCUGCCAAGCGGCCGUCAAGCAGCUGUUCAUCCUGGUGGAGUGGGCCAAGAGAAUACCACACUUUUCACAGCUACUGCUCGACGAUCAGGUUAUCUUGCUACGAGCCGGUACUCAAGAUUUACCUGUAUUUACAUGUCUCUCUCUUACUUACACUCUCACACAUACUCACACGCAUGUGUACAGACACAUACAUGCACACACUGGUGGUGUCGCCCCCUUGUUCGACAGAGUCCUGACGGAGCUGGUGUCAAAGAUGAGAGACAUGCAGAUGGACAAGACGGAGCUGGGGUGUCUAAGAGUCAUCGUCCUCUUCAACCCAGACUCGAAAGGUUUGUCAAACCCCAGUGGUGUGGAAGCGCUGAGGGAACGGGUAUAUGCUUCACUAGAAGCCUACUGCAAACAUAAAUACCCCCAGCAGCCUGGCAGAUUUGCCAAACUGUUGCUACGGUUACCAGCUCUACGGUCCAUUGGUUUGAAGUGCUUGGAGCACCUGUUCUUCUUAAAGCUGAUAGGAGACACACCCAUUGACACCUUCCUCAUGGAAAUGCUGGAAGCACCACACAAAAUGACCUAAUACAUGAGGUGCAGCCUAACUUGAGGUUCUUCCCCCAAGCAAGAGACAUUGCCCCUCCUGAUAGACAGACUGUCUGAUGACAUCACACUGACUGUGACAAUCAAAGCUGGACUGCCAUCAUCAUUUCCUCAAAUGUUUCUCUGGGCUUGUUUUACAUAGUGUGCGUAUGUGUGUGCGUGUGUGUGCAUGUAUGCGAACGUAUGUCUGUGUACAUGUGUGUCUAUAUAAAUAUGUAUUUAGUGAAAGAAGCAGUUGGAUUCCAUCAAGACACUUUUGAAGAUUCUGAAUGGGAAAGAUUAAAUACACAGACAUGUUUGCAAACAUGCAGUUCAUCAUAAUAUAUUAUGUGAUAAUUACAUUUUAUGCAGAGAGCCUCUCUUUCUCACUCACUCUCUCUCUCUGACUGGUAGGUCAGAUCUCAUGUGGGGUGUUAGAGGUUCACAGAGCUCAGUCAGCACACCUUUUAUGGUUCCAGGUAAACAGUAUCAUGAAGCUUGCCCUGCCUGACCCCACCCCUCAACAGUGCUUAGGUUUGGGUGGGGUCAAGGGGACAACAAGCACCCCAAUACCUCAGUUGCUCCCGGCCCCUGAACUUUGGCCUCUGUAUCCCUCUCACUAUGGAAUUCAUUACACUCAUUCAAGCAGGAAGGCUCUGCAUUAUUUAUACCUGAUUAUGUCCCUGUAUAUGUAAUUUAUAAGAUGUUGCAUAUUUAAGUAUGCAAUAUAGAUUAAAAUGAUUUCAGUGUCAGAAGCACAGAUGUGUGGUUAGAGAUAUCCCUCAGGGUAGUUGGAGGGAGAGAGGGCCAUCAGCAGACUCACUGCUCCUGAAACAGAAAUAUCUGGGCCAUGAUACUUAACUCUCACCUAGCAGAGAUGUGAGUAGGCGUGGGCUUUACCAUGUUACAAUGGAUUGCGAUUCCAGUCCCUCGGUGAGAAUUUCACUUAAUGAAGGAGAUGGACAGGAAGUUAGUUGGGGUAAACCUACAAGCUAUUCUCUGGACAAAGCUCAGUGUCAUUUCAGAAAAAAAAUUAUUCUUAACAGUAAACCCACAUUCAUACAAAUCUAAGUAGUCAGGCAUACUUACACACUCACAAGCACACACACAAUUCCUCUCUGGAUGAUUUUGCUUUCAGGUUGCUGCUGCUACAAAACUAUGCAUCUCGCGUUCCCAAAGAUCAUCCAUGGCGUAAUAUUUAUUGGGAGGAGCUGUGAGGAUAUGCAGCGAGACUAAGGGACACUACAGCACGCCUAGCUGGUCUCAGGGAAGCAGCAGGACAUGAGAGCGCUUACACUGCCCUCCAGUGGGAUGCAUUCAACAAUACAACUUCAAUAGUACAUUAUACACAUACAGAACUUUAAUGACACUGCAAACGGUUUCUCAGUCAGAGAUACUAUAUUAUGAUAUGAUGCACUAAUCAAUGAAACUGUUCUUUUACCUUAAGUUGAAAGUCAAAUGGGCUUCUGAAAUGGAAGCUUUAACAAAGUUCAUGAUUUUUUUAUAUGCAACCUGUGAAUUUAGUAAAUCAUUUGAGCCUUAUCAUAUGUUUACAUAUCCAUUAGUAAUAGAUAUACAGACGGGUGACAAAUUAAAGGAAAAACCAGCAAGUGUCUUAGUAAGGUGUUGGGUCACCACGAGCCACCAGGACAGCUUCAAUGCACGUUGGCAUGGAUUCUGCAAGUUUCUUGAACUCUACUGGAAGGAUGGAACACCAUUCUUCCAAAAGAUAUUCCCUCAUGUGGUGUUUUGAUGAUGGUGGUGGAAAGUGUCAGUCCAGAAUCUCCCAUGGGUGUUUACAUCAUUUUCAUACUUAACAAACCAUUCAGUGACCCCUCAUGCCCUGCAGAUGGGGGCAUUCAACCUGGAAGAGACCAUUCCCAUCAGGAUAGAAAUGUUCCAUCAUAAGAUGAAGGUGAUCACUCAGAAUAGCUUUGUAUUGAUUUGCAGUGACCUUUCCCUCAAAGGGGACAAGUGGACCCAAACCAUGCCAGGAAAAUGCAUUUGAGCAACCGGACCCCCUCAGCGUAGGGGUCAAGCAUUCAUGCCUGUAUCAUUCUCCUAGUGCCACACAUGCAUUUGCCCACUUGUCAAGGAUAUGGUGAAGGAUGACUCAUCUGACCAUUUCACUUUUUUCCACAUCUCUGUAGACCAGUGCCUAUGGUUUUUGUAGCACUUAACUCAAAUGUGCAUUCAUCUUUGUAAUGAGGGGUUUAUGCACUGCAACCCUAUAUUAUACCACUCUAUGUAGUUGGCAACAGACUGUUCUUGCUGACACAGUCUGAUCUCAUCCUGCAUUGAUAUUUUCAGCCACCUGAGGAAGAGUUGCUCUUCUGUUUUUCCUUAUAUAUUGCACUAAUGCACAAACAUCAUGAUCACUGAAUGCGCGCUUUCGACCACAAUUUCUGACCCUAUUUACUGUCUUUCCAAUUGAUCUAAAUGCAGAUGUCACUUUAGUCACUGUUCCUAUUGAAGCACAAGCCAGUUGAGCAGUAUUUGUGACUGAAGCUCCUGCCUUCCAAUAAUGAACCCACUUCCAAAGUGACUUAGAUCUUUUCCUCUUGCCAUCUUGAUCCAAAUCGAGGUCAGCUGGGCCUGCUCAGCAUUUUUAUACAGGCCACAGAGCAUGAUAGGAUGUUAAUUGCUGAACGGACUCAUGUAGUACACUUGAAUGGAAGCAUUUGCAUUUGUUAUGUUUUGCAACUCAUUUAUUCAGUUUUUCCUUUAAUUGGUCACCUGUCUGUACAUAUCCAUUGUAAAAAGAACAAUUACACCAUAAAAUCUUGUAAAGCUGUGAAUAAAAGAAAUCGGAAUUUACAAGAUUACUGCUUGAGUUUAGUUUGGCAUCAUGGAUAAACCUAUUCCCAAAGCCAGAAUACUGUUGAUCUAAAGCUAUUCCUCUCUUUGAUCCACUCUACAUUGGAAUAUUUAACUAAUACUGUAAAAAAAAGACAAUUCCAGAUAAAUAAGGCCUUAUUCAGCCUGUCAGAUUAGUUUGCCUGUUUUAAGAUUUUACUGAAUAUGACCGUGUUCAAAAUAUCUUAUCUGCAGUCUGGCUAAUUUGAUUUGCCCCCUUACAUUCUGAAGAGAGAUUUGUUAUGAGUAGCAUGGACAUAUAACAUCAACAAAAUUAAAAAGUAUAUUUCCAUAAAAUGGUUGCAAGUAAAUAAUAAGCCAUACACAGCACACUGAAUGGGAAAGCCAAACAAAUUCAGUGGUGAUUGAUGGCUGAAAUAAAUGCUUUCUAUACAGUAUAAAGCUAUUUUAUCAACAAGUGUGCAUGUAUAUAUAAAUACGUGCUUGUUCAAUUUAUCUUGUAUAUUCCAUUUCCAGUGAAGAGGAUGAGAAUGAAAUAUGGCUUGUCCAGGUCAGAACAAUCCACUACUGUGCAGCUCAGUGCCAAACAUAUUCUGUUCUGUAAUGUUUUUGAGGCUUUCGUUGUAGGCUUUAUCUCUGGGAAAUAUAGUGAAUAUUCUCACCAUUUAAAUAUUGAAAUAAAGACUUAAAUUGAAAUACAGACAGCAAGCAGGCGUCCCCCCUGGAGCUUCGCCCCUCGAGAAACUGCAAUUCAGGAGCUUCUGGCAAACAAAUCUUCAGAAAUAUAGGCGUUACUAGACGUUUGUACUAUAGAAGUUUGUAAUGGUCUUCUUCGAGCUUUAACAAGAUUGGCCAGCUGUGGGUCCUGGUGCCUAGAGAAGCACUUGUGUGCAGGUUCUUGCUAUCUGCAGCACAAAAUAUUAUCUCAGUUUCCUUUGUCCUUCAGCUGAUUCAUUGAAAGUUAUGAUAGUCAGGAUUGUAGUUCUGGCAGAACAUUGAGAAGAAAAAAAAACACUAAAGCAAAAAUAUAUAUUUUUGUACAAAUGUAAUUUUAUCAUUUGCUUUUAUUCCCAAUUUCCAUUUAUAGUCUACCUUCAUCCUAUGGAAUGUUGUAGCCUACAUCAUUUGUGUACAUGAUUUUAAAAGGAUACAGUACAUUUAAAAAAACAGGACAGUGCCCUCUACUGUUUUGAUCCAUCACUUGCAAAUGGAGGAGUUUGUUGAAAAAAUGAAAGUUGUGUUAUUUGUACUUUCUUCUCUGAUGUUCGCUUAUCUUUGUGAAAAGAUUAAAAAUCAGAAAACGAG